UGCCGCCGCCCCCCGCCGCCGGGGCUGAGGUCCCGCGGCCGCAGCCAUGGCUGCGUGCGGCUGUAACGCGCUCCUGGCCGCGGCCAGGGCCAGUUUCAGGGGCUGCCACCUCCUGGCGCACUCCAGCCCUGUGUACUCUCCAGCCGUUGCUCUUGUCCAUCUGGUGGAUUCCCAGUUAACCCGGACUUCAAGAGACCCCAGAACCCACCCCUGGCCACGCCACUCCUGUCUGGGCGCUGCCCUGCCUCGCUCACCUGCCCACACCUUGCACACCUCCACCAGCCCAUGGCAGCAGCUGCCAGGUGAAUCCCAGCCCCACCGAAGCCCCGGAAACCAGGGAGCUAAACCUGCUAAAACUCUGAGCAAGCAGAUCCUAGAGGCUCCUGCGGGAAAAAAGUCCUUGCGACAAAAAGUUGUGGAUGAGCUGAAGCAUUACUACAAUGGGUUGCACCUACUCUGGACUGACACCAAGGUGGCUGCCAGGAUGGUGUGGAGGCUGCUCCACGGGCAGGUGCUCACCAGGAGGGAGAGGCGAAGGCUGCUGAGAACCUGUGCAGAUCUCUUCCGGCUGGUUCCCUUCCUGGUGUUUGUCAUUGUCCCCUUCAUGGAGUUUCUGUUGCCUGUGUUCCUGAAGCUCUUCCCUGAGAUGCUGCCCUCGACGUUUGAGACGGAGUCGAAAAGGGAAGAAAAGCAGAAGAAGAAGUUGAAUGCAAAGCUGGAGUUAGCCAAGUUUCUGCGGGAGACCAUUGCAGAGAUGGCCAAAAGGAACAAAGCAGACUCAGGAAAAGGGAAACAGUUCUCCUCUUACCUGCACGAGAUCCGUCACAGCGGCCACCAGCCCAGCACGCAGGAGAUCGUGCGCUUCUCCAAGCUCUUCGAGGACGAGCUGACCCUGGAGCACCUGGAGAGGCCUCAGCUGGUGGCUCUGUGCAAGCUGCUGGAGCUGCAGCCCAUCGGCACCAACAACCUGCUGCGCUUCCAGCUGCUGCUGCGGCUGCGCAGCAUCAAGGCCGAUGACGAGAUGAUUGCCAAGGAAGGAGUCGAUGGCCUGAGCGUGUCGGAGCUGCAGAGCGCCUGCAGGGCCAGAGGGAUGCGCUCACUGGGGCUCACUGAGGAGCAGCUGAAGGAGCAGCUUGGGCAGUGGCUGGAUCUGCAUUUAAAGGAGAAUGUUCCUUCUUCUCUCCUCCUGCUUUCCCGUGCCUUGUACUUAAUAGACCUGAAGCCACAAUCCGUUCCCAUUCCACAGAACAAGACAGGGGAAGCUGCUGGAGUGAUGACAUCCAUGCUCGAAGGUCAGGAGACCCUCCUGGAUCCUGCCCCUGUUGUACAAGGAAGAAAGAAUGAAGAGUUUGUGUCCCAGCCAAGAGAGAAUUUGCCGUUCUCAGAAGCGUCAGUGAAGCCUCCCCCACGAGAGACCAAAAUGGAAGCAUCCCAGAGCAGCAAGGCCGGUGCCAACGGAGCCUAACCUGGAGCCAGCACUGGGAGGAAGCAGCUUCCAUCUCCACACCUCCUGCAAAGGGAGCAGGGCUUUCCCAGGAGGCUGCUCUAGACGAGGCAGCAGCCCUCAGGGGCCUCUCUCCCUGUCCCAAGCUCGUUAGCAACUUAGGCCACUGCUGUCUGGAUGCCUCAGACAUCUCUUUUGCACUGGAUCCUUGCCCUGCUACUUUUAACUUAUGGUGUAAAUAUGUUAAUAAUGGUGCUGCUGUCUGUGCUGUUCCUGAGCAGGUGUUUGUGCGUAGCAAAGGCAGCUUUUCCUGUCAGGAUGGCCCGUGCACAGAACCCGCUGGGCUGGGCGUCCAGCAAAGCCUGUUCUGCAGUGUGAAAUCCUCUGCAGCAGCAUCCCCACACAGCCAGGGCCAGCAGCUUGUCCUGAGUGUCACAGCUCAGGCUCUUGGUCCUGAUUUGGGUGUUUUAAGCAGUGACCAGCCCACAAUGACCCACGUGGCCGCAGUUCCACCGAGCAGGGUGACCGCAGGGGAGGAGGGAGCAGCGCUCGCUGCUGUGGUAGAACUGAUCAGAAGGACUUCAGAGCUUGGAGAGGAGCAGAGCAGUGGCAGGAACAGCCUCCACCUGUGUUUUCUUCCCCAGUGAGAGCUGUGCAGGUGCCACACACUGUGACAGACUCAGACUUGCACUUUCAGGAUCCCUCUGGGUCACAUGAGGGACCUGCACACCCUUCCCAAGUGUGGAGAUUUGGUAAAUCCUUACCAGCUCAGAAUACACACCAAGUGCUCUCCAUACUUAGCAGAGCAGCUCCUCACACACUCCAGCGAUGACUCAGUUUUUGUCAGACUCUCAGAGGAUACUGGAAAGCUGUUUUUAGCAUUUGUUAAAUUUUUUACUCUGUCCUAUGUAAAUGCUGAGAAAUUACUCACGUUAUUGAUUUUAAACAUGUAUAUUUAUACUUACUGUAAGAUUAGAUUUGGUGCUAAGUAGGAAGGAAACGUCUCUUCCAGAGGUUAUUCAGCCUUUAGAACAGCCCGACUGAAAGCCAGUUCUCCAAGGUCAGGUGUGAGCAGCACUUUAGUCCCGGGGUCUCGGGCUCCUACAGCAGCACAGGCACAGCUGGCAGGAGUUCUGUGUCCUCAGCUCUGUACCUGAACCUCUCCGUGUCCAUCCAGCCCGCCCGCAGUGCCGGAUCUGUGUCUAAUAAAUGGGAACAACUGUUAAUUUCAAUAAAAUAACACCCUUGCUGUGGAGUCA